AUGACUGAGAGCAUAGACGAAAAACCAAUCAAAGAAUCAUCUGAUGUUAAGCUUGAUUCGACAGAAGAACAAAUUUUAAAAGAUCAGAUUAAUAUUGAGUCAUCUGACAUUAAGCUUAAUCUGAUCGAGGAACAAAUCCUAAAAGAUCAGAUUAAUGUUGAAUCAUCUGACAUUAAGCUUGAUCCGAAAGAGGAACAAAUUUUAAAAGAUCAGAUUAAUGUUACUAAAGGAAAGCUCUCAUAUAUUUCUUUAUAUAGAUUCGCUACAAAAUUUGACUGGAUAAUUAUAAUAACACGACAAAUUCGUGAACAAUAUUUUCGUGCAAUUCUUAGACAAAAUAUAGCUUAUUUUGACGAACAUGGUUCAGGUGAAGUUACUACUCGCAUUACUUCUGAUACACAUUCGAUACAAGAUGGUAUCAGUUUGGAAUCCCAAUCUCGUGCCGGAAUAAUUGCUGAAGAAGCUAUUUCAACGAUCAGAACUGUAGUGGCCUUUGGUGCCCAAAAGAAGCUUUCUAACCUUUAUGAUACUUAUUUAAGCGAUGCAAGAAAAGAAGGAUUUAAAAAAUCUUGGGUGAUUGGUAUUUCUCUUG